UUUUCAGGUUAUGUCGCAAAUUUAUAAACACAGGCACGUUGCAUUGUUUUGAUGUCAAAAUUACUAUAAAGUGGUGUUUUUUCUAAUUUUUCUGCUGUAUAAGACUGUAUUUCUAUAAUAUAUAGUAACCGAAAUGACCAAACUACGUAAGCAACGCCGCAGGAAAGUUUACAAGCACAACGUAAACAGGAAACGUCUAAGAAACCGACAGACCAGCAAGGGAAGCAUUGGAUGCAAAGAAAUUAAAAAUGCGUGGGACCAAAAGAAAUCUGUACAAGCUAAUCUGUCUGAAAUGGGACUUUCCUAUGACCCCAAUCAGACCAUUAAAAUCCCGAAAAGAAAAAAGCAGUUGCAAGAAGCCAUAGGUGUUAUUAAAAAUGAUGGCCAAGUAGAAUUAGAUAAGUCUGGUAAACAGUCAAAAAAAUACAUAGCCGAAGCUUUGGAAGCUGAUGCCAAAGCUCCAAGAGAAAAGAAGUUUAGGUUACCGAAGAGCCAAGUUGAAUGGCUUACAUACCUAAUAAAAAAAUAUGGAACAGACUAUAAGGCAAUGGCAAGGGACAGUAAGAACUACUAUCAAGAGACAUGGAAGCAACUGAGACAGAAAAUACGGACUUUUAGGAAGAUACCGGAACAGUAUGAAGAGUUUUUGAGAGAAAGUGGGGUUCAGCCCAUCGAUUCUGAUGGAAAUGCUACUGAUGACGAAUUAUAAUGUUGCAUUUUUGUUAUAGGUUAAUGAAUGUAAAUAUAAGAAAUAAAUAUGAUACAUUUUUAAGAA